AUGGCGACCAACACACCUGAACCUGUUUUAGGCUCUCCUCAAGAACACAUUCCAACUUGUGACAAACACAGCAAACGAAUUGAUAUGUUCUGUGAGGAUUGUGAUGAAUUAAUUUGUUCCAAGUGUGCAAAAUCAAAACAUAAGGAUCAUAACUGGGACACAUUAGCUAACGUAGCUAGUCAGAGAAGAAAAGAACUCCAAACGUACCUAACAGAGAUAAAGGAUGUAGACAUACAGAAGUUUGAGGAGAAAAAGGAGAAAAUAUUAAAACAGGAAGAGGAUAAUAAAAUUCAGUUUAAGAAUGAUAUCAGAGUUUUACAGAAGCAUUUUAAUGACGUGAUUUGCAAGCUUACAGACAUCAAGAGAAGCAAUGAAAAAACACUGAAAAACCACUUGAGUAAAACAAACAAACAAAUAAAAUAUCUGAAAUCUCAGAUGGAUGAGAAAAAAUCUCAGCUUGUUGACACCGUAGAAUUAAUUGAGAACAACAGCAGAAAUAUGUCAGAUUUUCACCUGAUCGACAACUUAAAAAUUCUGAAACAAUUACAGUGUGAUAUAGGAGACAAUGAAGAUCCUUUGGAAUACGAGGAAGGAAAACAUUUUAAUGACUUUCGGCAUACUUGGUCAAUUGAUGCUAUUGCUGGAUCAGUCUCUGUUAUCGCAAAUACAAAAGAAUUACUACCACUAGGAAUCUGUGAGUCAGUGGAGGGUGGUCUCCUGGUCGCCUUAACAGAUUAUUCUGAAUACUGGGAACCUUUUACAAGUUUAGUAAGACAUAUGACCUUAACAGACUGGGCAUAUCCCCAUGAUAAUCUGACAAUUUUGUCUUCACUCGGUCAAGUUAAGAUUACCAGGAGGAAAAGAAGUGGAGGUCUCCUGGUGACAUUGAAAGACAACACAACACAGUGGAUGAAUUCAGAUUCAGACAGCAGACGUUUGGUGAGACACGGUUCCCUCACUGGUGACACUAUCCGAGAAUACGAGUACACUCCUGACGGUAAAACAAAGCUGUUUACUCUACCAGUCAAAGUCACACAGAAUGGUAACUCAGACAUCUGUGUUGUUAACUGGUCAAGCAGAACUAAAGGGAACCUUGUUAUUUUGUCUUCUGCUGGACAUCUCAGAUCGAUCUAUAGUGCCCAGACACUGAGGUGGAACUUCUUACCGUUUGAUGUGGUCUGCGAUUCCCUCUGUUACAUUCUCGUUUCAGGCCGAUACAACGAACGAAUUCAUUUACUGGGUCCUGAUGGAGAGAUUAUAAAGAACUUAUUGAAUGAAAAUGAAGUAAAUAUUCCCACCUCUAUAUAUUUGUGGAAAUCAAACCUUUGGGUGGGAAAUGAAGAUGGUCUUGUAAAAGUGUUUAAGUAA